AUGAACCCCAGGUCUAAUCUGCCUCCAUAUAAUACCCUGAACACCAGUUCUAAUCUGCCUCCAUAUAACACCCUGAACACCGGUUCUAAUCUGACUCCAUAUAAUACCCUGAACCCCGGUUCUAAUCUGCCUCCAUAUAAUACCCUGAACCCCGGUUCUAAUCUGCCUCCAUAUAAUACCCUGAACCCCGGUUCUAAUCUGCCUCCAUAUAAUACCCUGAACCCCGGUUCUAAUCUGCCUCCAUAUAAUACCCUGAACCCCGGUUCUAAUCUGCCUCCAUAUAAUACCCUGAACCCCGGUUCUAAUCUGCCUCCAUAUAAUACUCUGAACCCCGGUUCUAAUCUGCCUCCAUAUAAUACCCUGAACCCCGGUUCUAAUCUGACUUCAUAUAAUAUCCUGAACCCCGGUUCUAAUCUGCCUCCAUAUAAUACCCUGAACACCGGUUCUAAUCUGACUUCAUAUAAUACCCUAAACCCCGGUUCUAAUCUGACUUCAUAUAAUACCCUGAACCCCGGUUCUAAUCUGCCUCCAUAUAAUACCCUGAACCCCGGUUCUAAUCUGCCUCCAUAUAAUACCAUAAACACUGGUUCUAAUCUGACUUCAUAUAAUACCCUGAACCCCGGUUCUAAUCUGCCUCCAUAUAAUACCCUGAACCCCGGUUCUAAUCUGCCUCCAUAUAAUACCCUGAACCCCGGUUCUAAUCUGCCUCCAUAUAAUACCCUGAACCCGGUUCUAAUCUGCUCAUAUAAUACCCUAAACCCCGGUUCUAAUCUGCCUCCAUAUAAUACCCUGAACCCCGGUUCUAAUCUGCCUCCAUAUAAUACCCUGAACCCCGGUUCUAAUCUGCCUCCAUAUAAUACCCUGAACCCCGGUUCUAAUCUGCCUCCAUAUAACACCCUGAACCCCGGUUCUAAUCUGACUCCAUAUAAUACCCUGAACCCCGGUUCUAAUCUGCCUCCAUAUAAUACCCUUAACCCCGGUUCUAAUCUGCCUCCAUAUAAUACCCUGAACCCCGGUUCUAAUCUGCCUCCAUAUAACACCCUGAACACCGGUUCUAAUCUGCCUCCAUAUAAUACCCUGAAACCCGGUUCUAAUCUGCCUCCAUAUAAUACCCUGAACCCCGGUUCUAAUCUGCCUCCAUAUAACACCCUGAACCCCGGUUCUAAUCUGCCUCCAUAUAACACCCUGAACCCCGGUUCUAAUCUGACUUCAUAUAAUACCCUGAACACCGGUUCUAAUCUGCCUCCAUCCAAUACCCUGAACCCCGGUUCUAAUCUGACUUCAUAUAAUACCCUGAACCCCGGUUCUAAUCUGACUCCAUAUAAUACUCUGAACCCCCGGUUCUAAUCUGCCUCCAUAUAAUACCCUGAACCCCGGUUCUAAUCUGACUUCAUAUAAUACCCUGAACCCCGGUUCUAAUCUGCCUCCAUAUAAUACCCUGAACACCAGUUCUAAUCUGCCUCCAUACAAUACCCUGAACCCCGGUUCUAAUCUGACUUCAUAUAAUACCCUGAACCCCGGUUCUAA